AAACGAGGGAUAGAAGUGCCAGAGAGUGAACCUCGCAUGUGAGGCCGUGCUUUUGAUUUCCUGGAGGUUUUAGGUGCUGCGUCGUGUAGAUCUCUUGUCUGGCUUCUCGCGGCGGGAUAAUGUUGACCCGGCUGAAAGCAAAAUCAGAGGGGAAGCUUGCAAAACAGAUUUGCAGAGUUGUAUUGGAUCAUUUUGAGAAACAGUAUUCCAAAGAACUUGGAGAUGCCUGGAAUACAGUAAGGGAUAUACUAAUAUCACCAUCAUGCUGGCAGUAUGCUAUCCUUCUUAACCGAUUCAAUUAUUCCUUUGAACUGGAAAAAGAUUUACAUUUAAAGGGCUAUCACACACUCUUCCAAGGAUCUUUACCCUACUAUCCUAAAUCAAUGAGGUGUUACCUUAGCAGAACUCCAGACAGAAUGCCUUCAGAAAGACACCAAAUUGGAAAUCUAAAAAAAUAUUAUCUCCUGAAUGCUGCCUCUCUUCUCCCAGUAUUGGCUCUGGAAUUAAGGGAUGGCGAGAAGGUUCUGGAUCUCUGUGCUGCUCCUGGAGGCAAAUCGAUAGCUCUGCUGCAGUGUGCUUAUCCAGGUUAUCUUCACUGUAAUGAACAUGAUAGUCUGAGAUUGAGGUGGCUGAGGCAGACAUUAGAAUCUUUCAUCCCACAGCCUUUGAUAAAUGUAAUUAAAGUGUCUCAAUUGGAUGGCAGAGAAAUGGGAGAUGCCCAGCCUGAAAUGUUUGACAAGGUGUUAGUUGAUGCUCCCUGUUCAAAUGAUCGAAGUUGGUUGUUCUCUUCUGAUUCUCAGAAGGCAACCUGGAGGAUAAGCCAACGGAGGAAUUUGCCCAUUCUGCAGCUAGAACUCUUAAGGUCUGCAAUUAAGGCCUUACGCCCUGGAGGGUUGCUUGUGUACUCUACAUGCACACUUUCCAAGGCAGAAAAUCAAGAUGUCAUCAGUGAAAUUUUAAACUCCUACACGAACAUCAUGUCUGUGGACAUUAAGGAAAUGGCAAGGACUUGCUCCCAAGACUUCACAUUUGCUCCCACUGGCCAGGAAUGUGGACUCUUAGUGAUUCCAGACAAGGGCAAAGCCUGGGGCCCAAUGUAUGUAGCCAAAUUGAAGAAAUCAUGGACUACAUGAAAUUGGUGAUAUGCAUUUUGUAAGCCAUGACAGUGUAUUAUUAUAUUUACAUUUCUGGGUUCUCAAGGUGUUAACAUUUAAAUAAAUGUGGAGUCAUUUUCCCUGGGUCUGUUUGGAAUCCUGUUUCCUUAAUACUUGGCAUCUCAGAAUCUAGGCUUGAGGAUUUUCCAGGUAUAUUUUUUUCCCUAGAAGUAUAUCUAUAGCACUGGUUUCAGGUGUUGCAGAUGGUGUUUGUUCUGAAUAAUAAAUCUGCUGUCUUUUAGUUGGCAUUUUGUAGUUAAAUUAAUCAGAAUAUGUGGUUUUAUGCAUACUAUGCUUAGGGAUACAUUGUAUCCAUGAUGUUGGUGUUUUGAACCUUUAAAAAAUGCACAUUUGGCUGUCCCUUUUAUAAUUUUUCUCCUUAUCAAAUAUACGGAUUCUUUCAGAGUCCACCCCCCCCCCCCACAUUUUUCUGUAAGAACUGAUUAGUAUUCUGAGACUAACUUCUUAAACGGCACUAUUUUGAGCUCUAGAAAAUAGGUUUCUUAUUUGCCACAUUGUUUUCCACUAAGGACUAUCUUCUGUUUACUGCAAAGGUCAGUGACUCUAUUGACACCAGCUUUAUUUCUCCACUUUUUUUU